GCGGAGCUGCAGCCGCGGAGUCCCGCCCCGGCCUGCGUCCGCCAGUAGCUCGGUCGCUGCUCUUUUCCAGGCGGGUUAGCCCUACCAGGAGGAACCGAAGACAGAAUACUGGCUGGCUGGCUCUCCCAGCGCUCGCAGCCGCGCCAUGCUCGUCCUCCGAAGCGGCCUGACUAGAGCUCUGGCUGCGCGGACGCUCGCGCCUCAGGUUUGCUCAUCUCUUGCUACAGGCCCCAGACAAUACGAUGGAACAUUCUAUGAAUUUCGUACCUACUAUCUUAAGCCCUCAAAGAUGAAUCAGUUCCUGGAAAAUACUAAGAAAAACAUUCAUCUUCGGACAGCUCACUCUGAACUGGUUGGAUACUGGAGUGUAGAAUUUGGAGGAACAAUGAAUAGAGUGUUUCAUAUUUGGAAGUAUGAUAAUUUUGCUCAUCGAACUGAAGUUCGGAAAGCAUUGGCCAAAGAUAAGGAAUGGCAAGAACAAUACCUCAUUCCAAAUUUGGCUCUUAUUGAUAAACAAGAGAGUGAGAUUACGUACCUGGUGCCAUGGUGCAAAUUAGAAAAGCCUCCAAAAGAAGGAGUCUAUGAACUAGCUACAUUUCAGAUGAAACCUGGUGGGCCAGCUCUGUGGGGUGACCCAUUUAAAAGGGCAGUUCAUACGCAUGUCAAUCGAGGCUACACAAAACUAGUUGGAGUGUUCCAUGCAGAAUAUGGAGUACUCAACAGAGUUCAUGUUCUUUGGUGGAAUGAGAGUGCAGACAGUCGUGCAGCUGGGAGACAUCAGUCUCAUGAGGAUCCCAGAGUUGUGGCAGCUGUUCGGGAAAGUGUUAACUUCCUUGAGUCUCAGCAAAAUAUGCUUCUGAUUCCUACGUCAUUUUCCCCAUUGAAAUAAUUUUCCUCUGAAAUACAAAGCAUUGCAUUAACUGCUAUAAGUUGUGUCUGCUAAUGGUGCUUAAAUUCUCCCAAGAGAUUUUCAUUUUUAUUUGAAGGAGGUGGUAAGUUAAUUUGCUGUGCCCUCUGCAUUUUUAAAAGCUGCUUCUGUCCAUUGUCAUGACCUCUUGAGGAAAUAGUUCUGUUCAUUUUCCGUUUGACAUUUCAGUAUCUGUCGUAUAUUAAAAAUAGUUGUCAUUCCUUCAA